AGCGCUCCGACGGCAAUUGCCGUCGUGUCCAAAGGUUCCUUUCGUCUAAGACAGUCAUGCCGCAGAACGAGUAUAUCGAGGAACACAUAAAACGCCAUGGUAGACGAUUAGAUUACUACGAACGCAAACGUAAAAAAGAGGCUCGUGCUGCCCAUAAAUCAUCAGCAGUAGCCCAGAAAGCCUUCGGUCUUAAGGCCAAGAUCCUGCACGCGAAACGUCACGCAGAAAAGGUUCAACUCAAAAAGACCCUCAAAGCUCACGACGAGCGCAAUGUCAAGCAGGCCGACACAUCUGCCGUUCCAGAUGGUGCAUUACCUACGUAUCUACUUGACCGUGAAGGCCAGAAGGAUGCCAAAGCUCUUUCAACCGCAAUCAAGCAGAAAAGAAAGGACAAGGCGGCUAAAUUUGCGGUUCCAUUACCCAAAGUCCGGGGGAUUGCGGAGGAUGAAAUGUUCAAGGUGAUGAAGACAGGGAAGAGCAAGAGCAAAUCAUGGAAGCGGAUGGUUACGAAAGCGACAUUCGUUGGGGAGGGAUUCACCAGAAAACCUGUCAAGAUGGAGAGAUUUGUUCGUCCUAUGGCACUUCGAUAUAAGAAGGCCAACGUUACCCAUCCGGAGUUAAAAGCCACUUUCCAACUUCAAAUUCUUGGGGUCAAGAAGAAUCCGCAGUCACCAAUGUAUACUCAACUCGGAGUUUUGACCAAAGGCACUGUCAUCGAGGUCAACGUGUCGGAGCUUGGAAUGGUCACGACAGGUGGUAAGGUAGUAUUUGGGAAGUAUGCUCAGAUUACGAAUAAUCCUGAGAACGAUGGGUGCAUAAAUGCUGUUCUUCUUGUAUGACCUCUGACAAUUGCAGUGUCGUAUUCAAGAGGUCCCUUCAGUGUUUCAAAAGUAGUUCACUAUCACACAAGUAACUCCCUUGCAUCGUAUGAGGUGCAUACGUUUGUUCAGGUUGUACGGAUCUCCCUCUAUGCGCGUUAGAGCGCAACGCCAUGAGAAAAUAGCCUUAUGGUCUUCAUGAUACGAUAAGUAGUCAGUCUCGCUGUGUGCUUGUAUCGUUAAAUCACUGGUAGCUUAAAUAACGAUGGUCGUGUUGCACAAAUAAGACGUUGAUAAGACAUUGUUGUGGUAUGUUUACCACUUCUCUUGCCUAGUCGUCC